GAACGUUUGCCCGUCAGUGGUACACCUGCAGUGGGAUGGUUUAUGCAUAAAGAGGCCCCGGUGCCUGCAAACAUUUCUUCAAGUUUGUUGAACACCUUAAUUGCCGCCUCAGUCAAGCAUUGAUCAACCUUCCCACACAAACAGAGUGCCCAUCAUGCCGCCACGAGCACGCGGUCCGCAGCGAGGAGCAGACACCAUUCGCAUACUCGUCGCCACAGACAGCCAUGUCGGAUACAACGAACGCGAUGCGGAACGCAAGGACGAUAGCUGGAAAACCUUCCACGAGGUUAUGUGCCUAGCGAAAGAGCAUGAUGUGGACAUGGUCUUGCAUGCUGGUGACCUUUUUCACGAGAAUAAGCCGUCGAGGAAGUCGAUGUACCAGGUCAUGCGGUCGUUGCGCAUGAAUUGUCUCGGAGAGAAGCCAUGCGAGUUGGAAAUGUUGAGCGAUGCAAGCGAGAACUUUGGCGGAAUCUUCGAUCACGUCAACUACGAGGAUGAAGACAUCAACAUCGCGAUACCUGUAUUUGCGAUUCAUGGAAAUCAUGACGAUCCAUCUGGCGAAGGUUCAUACUCUCCGCUCGAUUUGUUGCAGGCAUCCGGUUUCGUCAAUUACUUCGGGCGUACCCCAGAGGUGGACAAGAUUGCGGUCAAGCCGGUACUCUUACAGAAAGGCGGAACGAAGCUUGCACUAUACGGCCUGAGCAAUGUUCGAGAUGAGCGUCUUUUCCACACAUGGCGAGACGGAAACGUCAAGUUCUUCCAACCAGGGACACGGAAGGACGAAUGGUUCAACCUGAUGAGCGUUCACCAGAACCAUCAUGCCCAUACGCCGACUAGCUACCUUCCUGAGAACUUUCUACCAGACUUUAUGGAUCUAGUAGUAUGGGGCCAUGAGCACGAGUGCCUAAUUGACCCUCGGUAUAACCCUGAAAUGGGAUUCCACGUCAUGCAACCUGGAUCGUCAGUUGCUACGUCUCUCAUGCCCGGAGAAGCGGUACCAAAGCACGUUUGUAUCCUAAGCGUUACAGGCAAAGAGUUCACAAGCGAGAACAUUCGCCUGAAAACGGUGCGGCCCUUCAUCAUGAAGGAAAUUGUGCUGGCGGAAGAGAAGGAAAUCAAGGAUAAGGAAAUUUGGCGGAUUACGGAUAACCGUGCAAAGAUUACCCAAUACCUGAAUAAGGUCAUCGAAAAUCUGAUAGAAGAAGCCAAGCGAGACUGGCUCGAUCUCCAGGUUGAUCGAGAAGAGGGGGAUGACAUUGAGGUUCCAAAGCCUCUUGUUCGCCUACGCGUUGAAUACACAGCUCCUCAGCCGGGUGAGUUUCAUUGCGAGAAUCCUCAGCGCAUCUCAAAUCGCUUCAUGGGCAAGGUCGCAAAUGUCAAUGAUGUGGUGCAAUUCCACCGAAAGAAGAAACCAGUGAAUCGAGCUCUGAAGAACAACGCCGAAAUGCCGGAUGAGCAAGUGCUGGCCGACUUGUCGAUCGAUUCUGUGAAGGUGGAUAAGCUAGUCAAGGAGUUCCUCACCGCACAGACUUUGACGAUUUUGCCACAAAACUCAUUCGGAGACGCUGUAACCCAAUUCGUAGACAAGGAUGACAAACACGCCAUGGAGACGUUCGUCAGCGAUAGUCUGACCAGCCAGCUGAAGCACUUGAUGGAUGCCAACGACGUCGACGAGGCUAAGAUAAUAGAUGAGAUGGAUCAGUACCGAUCAAAACUAGAGGAUUUGUUCGCCUCUGGACAGCUCAAGAAGACUCGCAAAGCGAAGAUCAAACCUAAGCCAAGUGGCUGGGAUAGCGAUUUCGAUGGUCCUUGGGCUGAGCAGCCUGCUGCUCUGGUUCGUUCUGACAAUGAAGGAGAGAAGGAUGAUGGCGAAAGCCUAGGUUCUAUACCAACGAAGAAGCCUGCUGCACGUGGUCGUGGUAAAGCAGCUGGUACCACCCGUCAACCGGCUGCAGCCACCAAAAAAACCGCUCCAGCGGCCAAAGGCGGUCGCGGAAAGAAGAAGGUGAUUGAGGAAGAGGAGGAUGACGACGAUGAGGACGGCGACAUAGUCAUGAUCAGCGAUGAUGAUGACGAGAGCGCAGAAGAUCUUUUCGUUGGAGCGAAAAAGAAGGCUCCCGCAAAAAAGACUACUGCGAAAGCACCAGCAGCACGAGCAAAGUCACCAGUGAAGAAGGCAGCUACCACGCGAGCAAAGGCGCCAGCUAUGUCCAAACAAUCGACCUUGAAUUUCUCACAAACAACUACGCCGCGCAGUCAGCCCACGCGAGCCGUACCAUCGCGCGGAAGGAAGGUUAUUGAGCCUAGCGACGAUGAGAUCUCCGAUGAUGAUGAGGCCGCGUUUGACCCGCCGACUACUCGAAGCACGCGCAGGAAUCCGCUGUUCGAUUGGCCUCUGAUACCGACGCUUGAUCGAAACGACGGCUCGUUGCCUACGCUGCCUACUUGGGGUGACGGACCACCCGCGAUGUCUCUCGCAUACAAGGUCGAGGAGCUGCUCGCACUCCGCGACUCGGUCUCGGAAUCAGCUGUAUCGAUUGACAGAUUCGCCAGCGAGGAUGUGAUCAAAGAACACGUUCUUCGCCCUUCCGCAUCGGCAUCCGCAAAUUUGGCUAGUAGAUCUUCCAAUAGAAGUCUACGACCCUCCGACGUGCCGGCGUUUGCUCCCGCCGCAUCCCAAAAGAGGCCAUCGCCUUCCCCUUCGGUCAAGCGUGGCAAGGCUGAGAAGCUUCUCAAAGAACACGGCAGUCCACCGGGCAUGCGAGUAACUGCAGGUGGUCGAAUUGUACCCAGCGAUCUCGCGCCAUUAGGCACCUCCCGCUUUGGUGACAACACCUACAAGCCGCAAGCUUUGCGUGUCGCUCCGGGCAACGUCAUGUCCGCGCAACCCAAUUCCAACAUCAACAACACUGCUCGAAUUGAGGUCGUUGGCGGUCAACCCGUUGUCUUCGUCGGCGACAGGAUGUUUGCGCUUCCCGCCGUCAAUACACCCAAUUCCGCGAUGCCCUCGGGUGGUGCAUCAGCAAUGGAACAACCGACGGCAAAACACGCUUCGGACCCAACUCUUCUGAUAAGUCAUGGAGCCCUCUCUGGUGCAGCCUUUGGCCCACCGCGUGCCAACACUCAGACACCAUUCGCAGGCUUGGAUCUCCCAACCCUCAAAGCCCAGCAGGCACUCAAAAAGCAGGAGCUCCGAACCGUGGAGCAGACCGAAGUGCUGCAAGCCAAUCACCAGGGCGAGGCAUGGCGGGCAAGCAUGAUCGAAAAGAAGCGGUGCUUGAUUGUCGAACUCGAUGCGCUCCGAAAGCAGAUUACGGCCCUCGAAACCGACGUUACUACCUCUGUUCAGCCGAACUCAUUCGGUCCAAUUGGUACAGUCGCAGGUUCAGCACCGGUGUCUUCGCCCUUCCCUCCGUUCCAGCAGCCACUUACUCAGGGCAUGUACGCCUUCCCUGCCGCAAAUCCAUACGCGCCUAUGGCAAUGUACCAGCCGCCGUUUGGUGUGUUCCCUGGGUUUCCCACCACAGAACCGACGCCUUUUGUUCCAACUCCGACGACCGCCCCUCAUUCCCCAGGAUCAGGGAGCCGUCGAUCUCAUGCCGUCCAGAUCAAGCCGCCUCACAUAGAGACCAAGAAGCAAGCCAUAUCUGCUUUGGAUCCAAAGAGUCCCACCUACGAACCAGCGUUCAAGUCGAACUCUGUUCAUGAUGUUGCUCCACCCACACCUUCGCCGCCGAAGCGGUCACCAUGGCGUGUGGAACAGACGUCAAAGCCGGACAAGCACGAACGUCGAACCCUAUCCCAGAAGUAUAGCCUGUCAAGCAUCGAUACAACAGACUUCUUUCCUACGAACACACAUGAACACUCAUCUACCCGAGUCGCCCCGCAGUCCAACGAAGCCGAACCGCCCUCCAACGAGAAUACGGCUAUCCCGUCUACACCAGAGAAGCAUUGGCCUGCCAGUCCGUGGAAUGAGGUUCAUUCAGGUCGUUCGAAGAACAACGAACCGGUGUCCAAAAUUACUUCAUGGCCUGAGACUUUCGGUAAACAGCCUUCUCUUUCGUCUUUGCUGCAAGGGGCAGCGCGCCAACCCCCCGCUGCUACCUUCGAGCAAGGUCCUGCCAUGGGUGCCAAAGCCUCGAAUUCAGCCUCGAGUAAGAGUGGCUUUCUGCGAACAGACUCGAACCAACGCACUAGCGCGGAAGAGAAGUGGCCUUUCUCCAGCAAGGCCGUGACGCAUGUCCCAUCUACGUACCAAGAGGGCUACCAGGCCGGCUACGACCAUGUUGGUAUUCCCGACAGCCCCGAAGUUCUGCAAGGGUAUAUACAGGGUCUCCUGCACUUCCUGUCGGAUGAAUCUAAGAAGUGCCAAGCUGAGUCUUCUGCUCGCGAUGUGUACGCACGAGGCAUGGACUCUCACACUCCUUCGCUCCGGGGCCUCGUUGCUGGGUCUAUGCCUCACGAUUCCGCGGUCAGCAUGACGUUUGGUCGCAAUAUUACCCAAAGAGGAAGCCAGGAAAACAUCCGGAUGGCGAAUGGCAACCCGACGGCAAAUAACCGUCGGGCUCCUGUGUACAGUCCACGCGAAGGUUCUAAGGAUGCCCCAGUUUCGUAUAUGCUCUGCAACGAAGCUAUGCAUGACCCACGCCAGCGCAAUGCCUCGAGCAUGGGGGAGUUUCUCAACCCCGCUGGGAUGUUCCAAGACAGAUUCGCGUCUGAGCAACGGCUCGUUGCAGUUCCAUGUACCGAGAAUGACAUGGGCAUGAGGAUGCAGGACAAAGGUAAUCCAUCCCCCACAGACUCUUUCUCGGGCGGUGGAGCCUCACGACAGACUUUUGGACACCAACUCCAGAACCGUGGCUAUUCCACUCCAUUGUCCAUGCAGCGCUUCUACCCGACUCCCAAAGAGAUGGGGUCUAGCGGGUUCCGAGCAGACAACGCGCCCGCUAUCCGGGUCUUCGCUGACCAUCGCUUGUCAGGACUGGAUGGUGCUAUGGAUGAUCUGGCAGAGAUGACCAACGAUACGCAUAUCGAGGACAGUCAUUCUUCCACGGGCAAUCGGUCUACCGAGGCUCCUAUCCCAGUGGAGACGGAGGAAGUCACGGCUUCCUGCUUCAAGCCAUCAAGCAGCAAAGGCAAGCAGAAGGCUACGGCUGGUGGAGGUGACACGACAGUAUCUUCGCCCCUCAAGCCACCGAGUUCGCCAAAGAAGUCCGGGGAGCACUCCCCUGCCAAAGCAAAGCUUGAACAGGUGACCAACAAGUUUAGACGUGUCAAGAAAGACGACCCUCGCGCCAUGUCGCCCGAGGACCGAGUGAAGCGAUCGGAGAAGUGGCGACAGCGCUUCCAUCAACUCAAGCAGACGGAGAUGAAGGAAAUCGAGGCGCACCGUAGGAACACUGGGACCUGAUCAUGGACAUGGUUUGGUAUGACGUUUUUUUCGUCGGCCAUGUCGGGACGACUCGUUGGAUAGACCAGUCGACCUUUUCAACCUCGCCUAUCUCAACAUGCUCUUCUGGCUUUUUUCCCCUCUCGCUGUCUCAUUGACGUCGUCGGUUCUGUUUCUGGCGAAGACGACGUUUACCAGGUAUAGGAUUAUAUGGACAUGUUUCUUGGCAAUGUCGUCUGGGCCAGGGCAUGGAGAUUAUCGCUUUACAGCCUAACAGCAACAUGAUACAACGAGUCUACAAGCAGCUGUCUUCGGGUUCUUUUCUCUUUUUCACGACAUAUCUUUGAGUAGGGGUGGAUUGGCGGAAAGGACAAGGAGGGUGCGUUGUCAAGGCGAGGACGGGAUCUUGUCUCCUUUCAGUCGGCAUGUUACUCACGUC